AUUGUAUCAAUCAACUGUAUUGUAUGACCACUACUGCAUAAUAUACUCUUUGCUCUUUGCCUCCGUGAGCUCCACCACCAUUGGAAUUUAGAAAAGGUGACAGGCUGGACAGAGAGUAUAUAUAACUUGUAUAGAAUAAACUUAGAUGCGUUCCUGUGCGUUCGUGUGAUUGUUUCGUUUUAAGAUAUUGGGGAAAAAGACAAUAAUGUUUAAAUAUUCCCAAAAUAUGGAACAGAAUUGAAGGCCUAUAAUUAUUGUGUUCUGUUUCACUAUCAAAGACAGUUUGGCAGAAUACAAUCUGAUACAAUCCGCGUGCAGGUUAUAAUUCAACACUGAUGGAUAUAUUAUAAUUAUAAACCUAACAUUGUCAUUGAAUUCUGAUAGUAGAUAUAAAAACAAUGCGGUACGGUCAACUUGUAAUUGGUCCCGCAGGAAGCGGAAAGUCUACAUACUGCUCUAUGUUGUCAAAACAUGGAGCUGACAUGAAAAGGACCAUUGAUGUUGUGAAUCUUGAUCCCGCUGCUGAAUAUUUUGAUUAUGAACCAUUGGCUGAUAUCCGUAGCCUCAUUGAAGUUUCUGAUGCUAUGGAAGAUUCUGAUUUACAAUUUGGACCAAAUGGUGGAUUAAUAUUCUGCAUGGAAUAUCUUCUUGAGAAUAACAGUUGGUUUGAAGAAGCUUUAGGUGAUGUGGAAGACGAUUACAUUAUUUUUGAUUGCCCUGGACAAAUUGAACUGUAUACACACAUGAAUACCAUGAGAGAUUUGGUUGAAAUAUUGCAAAACAGACUGAAUUUUAGACUCUGUGCUGUGUUUAUAUUAGAUUCACAAUUUAUGGUAGAUGUGCCAAAAUUUUUAUCAGUUAGACCCCCUCCAGUCAACCAAUUGAGACAAAUGGAGAUAUUUAUUGAACCUCAACCAGAUCUGCUGCUUGAAGAAGUUGAGAAUAGUCCAGCAUCUCGAUGGGGUGAGAAGUACAGAAAUCUUACUUCUGCUAUCAGCCAGCUCAUUGAAGAUUAUAGCUUAGUGCGGUUUGUGCCGUUAGAUAGGCGAAGUGAUGACAGUCUACCGGAUUUGUUACUUACAAUUGACAAUAUUCUACAGUACGGAGAAGAUGCAGAUGUUAAGACUCAUGAUUUUGAAUACCCUGAUGAUGAAGAUAAAUCAUAAUUGUGUAAUUUUAACAUACAAAAUAAAAAACUACUGUAUUUUACUUGCACAGUUGUUUCCAAACACCUAUUUUACCCUUGAUUUAUUAAAUAAAUAAAGACAAUUCCCUUGUUUUGCUUUUAAAUGCUACAAAUCGUUUCUCUCCCUACCAAACAAUGCAGUUUUUACUAAUUUUAUUACUUGGUCACAAAGUCCUUUAGCUUCACAUCCAUCAUAAUACCAUAAUUUAAUUUUGCAUGAAUUGCUAUUUUACUUGUCAACUUAUUUUCUGAACUGUGGUAUAUACACCAAAACAAAAACUACAGUAAACAAUACUAUUUGUUUUUUUUUCCAAACAAAGCGUAAUUGUAAGUAUGACUUGUAUAUUAGACUUCACAAGUUUAAUGUAACACCUUACCAAUGC